UCAACAAUCCGUCUACAGAGUAAACUAAAAGCAGAAAAGGGGAAACAGAGCCAACAAGAAAGUUCCACGGCCGUUCAUUCCUUCAGUCAACCUUGACGACCCCAGGUCAUAAUACACCCCCCGCGGACGCUCACGUUGCAAUUGCCUUGAAACGUUGCCGGUGCACCCACUCCUGUCCUACGAGUCUAUGUUGGUAGUACCGUGUUGAGCCUCGCAUCUAUUUUCCGCCGGUGUACUCUUAUCGCACCAUCAACAUCAGGCCCUUCCCGUGGGAAAGAGCAGAUCCUCGUUCGAUUAGGUCUCAAUCCCUCACGGCCGUCUGCACCUUUCCUUUCUCCGUUCCACGAACUUACGAACUGCAAUAAAUCCAUCAGAGGAUUGGUCCUUGCAUCGGGAUACGAAUCCGCCUCAUUUCUGUAUACUUGCGCACUCCCCUAUUGAGCAGGUGUCGUUGACGGCCCCUGCACUCUCUGUCAAUAUGCGACGUGGACUUCUCAUUUUCCUCAUCGCAAAUCUCAUUAUCGUCACAUUCCUCGUGCGCAGCGUCUUUACACUACUUUCCCUACUGGUGGAAGAUGCUUCCGCCGACGCUAUCCACCGCGCCGAGCUCCCCUCGCCAAACUCCAGUUUGAUUGAACAACGCCCUCAGAUCAUUCCCAAGAUCAUCCACCAGACAUACAAGAACGAAACGAUUCCGGAAGUAUGGAGGGAAGCCCAACAGAGCUGCAUUGAUCUGCACCCAGACUACGAAUACAUUCUCUGGACCAACGAAAAGUCGCGCGAAUUCAUCGCCAACGAGUACCCCUGGUUCCUCGAGACGUUCGAUGGCUACAAGUAUCCCAUUCAGCGUGCUGAUUCGAUCCGCUACUUUGUCCUGGCACACUACGGUGGCACCUACAUUGAUCUGGAUGAUGGAUGCAAUCGCCGGUUAGAUCCUCUUCUUGCCUACCCUGCCUGGGUCCGUCGCACUGUUCCCACCGGUAUCUCCAAUGAUGCCAUGGGAUCUGUUCCCCAGCACCCCUUCUUCCUGCGUACGAUCGAGCUGCUGCAGUCGUAUGACCGCCAUUGGCUCCUCCCGUACAUCACGGUCAUGUACUCGACUGGUCCCCUGUUUUUGUCGGUGAUCUGGAAGGAGUACAUGCAGACCAAUCCCAGCGAGUCAGGCCGUGUCCGCAUCUUGAUGCGCGAUGAGUACAACAGGUACUCGUGGAGCUUUUUCACGCACCACGUGGGCAACAGCUGGCACGGAAAAGACGCCCGCUUGAUCUUCUGGAUGGGCCAGCACUGGGUGUUCCUCACCGUCUGCGGUUUCUUCCUGGCUGCCGUCGUUGGCUUCGCGCUCUGGUGGCUGUACGCGCGCAUCAUGCUGUUGGGAUCCAAGUACCGUUACCGCUACUCGAAGAUCCCUUCCUUUGUUUCGGCUUCCCGCCUGUCUUCGCCGACAAGGAUGGGGCGGCGCAUGAUGCCUACCCUCCUUCGUCGCGUCAGCUUCAAAGAAGACGAGGAGGCCGCCGGCGUUACCGAAACGUCGUACGAACUCUAUAGCCGACGCGAUUAAGCGUCGCCCUUUGUACUAUGCUUUGCGUGCCUUUUCAGCCUUACUAGCGCUCUGACACGUUCCACCCGGCCGUUGUUCAUCGUGCCCGUGGAAUAGCCGCUCAGUUGUGUUUUAUCUCAUCCGCUCAGGGAGUUGUAUUUGAUUUCUGGGGUGCAUGUACGGAGUUUCGGGUAUGGAUUAACAGCAGUGCUUCACUUGAAGCACAUGACGGCUUGUACAUGUUUUUGGCAAGAUUCUUUGAUCUGUGCGAGGCAACCUGCUAGGCAGCGCGCUCGCCUUGUAUCUGUCUUUCUUGGAUGUCCGGAUUUACCUUCCUCUUUUCUUUCUUUG